AUGCAUCUCUGGAAGCAGCUCGUGCUAGCUGCGCUUCCGUGUCUCCCAUCUGUUUUUGGACAGAGUGUUUUGGAUCUUAGCGGCGAUGGAUGGACGGUUAGUAGCAAGGCGCUGAAUAUUAGCGUUCCUGGUCGUGUUCCUUCGCAAGCACAUUUAGAUCUAUUUGCUGCUGGUGCUAUUGAUGAUCCUUAUUAUGGGCUGAACGACUUCAACUUGCGUUGGAUUGGUAACAACAAUUGGACUUAUACAAGCAAACCAAUCCAAGGCUUGUCAAGUAAGUCCAAGUCGUCUUGGCUUGUAUUCAAUGGACUAGACACCUUCACAACAAUCGAAUUUUGCGACCAGUUCAUUGGCACCACCGAUAACCAGUUCCGUCAAUACACCUUCGAUAUCUCCGGUGCUUUGAGUAAAUGCAAAGGCUCGCCAACUGUGUCCAUUAACUUUGGAAGUGCCAUCAAGAUUGCCAACGAGAUUGCUGCCCAGCCCGAUGCUCCAGAAUGGCCCGCCGGAGUUCAAGGAACAUUUGAGUUCCCUAACCGCUGGUUCAUCCGCAAAGAACAAUCCGACUUUGGCUGGGAUUGGGGCCCAGCCUUCUCACCAGUUGGACCAUGGCAAAAUGCCUACCUCGUACAGUUCGAACGCGAGGAAGGUGCAUACGUUCUCAAUACCAACCUUGACAUCUAUCGAAAGAACCAGGUCAACCAUGUCGCGCCCGAUCAGAGCCAGCCGUGGGUUGUAAAUGCCAGUAUCGACUAUCUCGGCUCUCUUCCGAGUAAACCGUCCAUGGCCAUUGAGAUCAAGGAGCUUGAGUCGGGCAAGGUACUGAAGUCUGGAUCACUGGACAAUGUUGUCGUGACUGGACGGACUAUCACCGGUAAGACCAUGGUCGACGCAGAUGCAGCCAACCUCUGGUGGCCUACAGGCCUAGGCAAGCAGAACCUGUACAAUGUCACAGUUACAAUUCAGGAUAUCCAUCAAGACCUGGCGAGUGUCACUAAGCGCACUGGAUUCCGUACCAUCUUCCUCAAUCGAUCAAACAUCACCGAAGAACAAUUGGCUCAUGGUAUUGCUCCAGGUGCCAAUUGGCAUUUCGAGGUCAAUGGCCGUGAAUUCUACGCCAAAGGAUCCAAUCUCAUUCCGCCGGAUGCUUUCUGGCCCCGAGUUACCGAGGCCAAGAUGCAGCGACUGUUUGAUGCGGUUGUCGCCGGAAAUCAGAAUAUGCUUCGAGUCUGGGCUUCUGGUGCUUACCUUCCGGACUUCAUGUACGAUCUUGCGGAUGAGCGCGGUGUAUUGCUAUGGAGUGAGUUCCAAUUCAGCGACGCUCUCUAUCCGACAGAUCAACCGUUCUUGGACAAUGUUGCGGCUGAGGUUGUCUACAAUGUGCGCCGCGUCAACCAUCAUCCCUCGCUUGCGUUGUGGGCUGGUGGAAAUGAGAUCGAAAGCUUGGAAUUACCAGAAGCCGAAGAAAAGGCACCGGAACAAUACGCCGACUACGUGGGUGACUACGAGCAUCUCUUCAUCACAUUAAUCCUUCCUCUGGUUUACGAGAAUUCACGAUCAAUUUCAUACAUGCCCAGCAGCACCAACAAUGGUUUCCUGGAAGUCGACCUCUCCGCGAAAAUCCCUAUGGUUGAGCGCUACAAGAAUGGCACAGACGCCGAGGGAUAUUACUACGGAGAUACUGACUAUUAUAACUACGACAGCAGUGUAGCCUUCGACUUCGACGGCUACCCAGUGGGAAGAUUCGCCAACGAAUUCGGCUACCACAGCAUGCCAAGUCUACAAACCUGGCAGCAAGCCGUAGACGACGAAGACCUCCAUUUCAACAGCAGCACGAUCAUGCUCCGAAACCACCACUAUCCUGCAAAUGGUCCCGAUACCCACAACUACAAGAACACAUCCAUGGGCAUGGGAGAAAUGACCCUAGCAGUGCAGAGAUACUACCCAACCCCCAACAAGCACGACUCCGUCGCCAACUUCAGUGCGUGGUGUCAUGCAACACAGCAUUUCCAGGCAGAUAUGUACAAGUCCGAAAUCCAAUUCUACCGUCGCGGUAGUGGAAUGCCAGAGCGCCAGCUCGGCUCUUUGUAUUGGCAGCUAGAGGAUAUCUGGCAGGCACCGACAUGGGCUGGGAUCGAGUACGACGGCCGCUGGAAGGUGCUUCAUUAUGUUGCUCGUGACAUCUUCCAACCUGUCAUCGUAUCUCCUUUCUGGAACUCUUCUACCGGUGAUUUGGAUAUCUAUGUUACAUCGGACCUUUGGGACACUGCUCGUGGAACUGUGAAUUUUACUUGGGUUGACUUGUCUGGCAAGCCGAUCUCAGGGAAUGCCGGGACGCCUAAGAACAAGCACUUCUCUGUUGGGGCUCUGAAUACUACUAAUAUCUACUCGACUAACUUGUCGAAACUCUCUCUGGCGAAUACGCGGGAUGCUGUUUUGCUUAUUGAUUUGAUUGCUCAGGGUCAUCUUCCCAAUGCUGAGAGUGAGGCUUUGACUACUUUCACGCACCGGAAUCAGUUUACACCUGUCUAUCCUAAGGAUCUAGAGCUCAGGGAUCCUAAGCUCAGUCUAUUGCAUGAUGCCAAGACCGGUGCAUUCACUGUUGAGGCGAAGAGCGCGGUCUCGCUGUAUACAUGGAUCGACUAUCCUGCUGGUGUGGUGGGAUACUUUGAGGAUAACUCGUUUACUUUGGUCCCUGGCGAGAAGAAGACUGUUAAGUUUGUUGUGCAGAAGGAUGAGACUGGUGGGAAGUGGGUGGAUGGUGUUACUGUGCGAAGCAUGUGGGAUCAAACCACCCGGUCCUGA